AUGCAAAAAGAUUAUAACCACUUUGUUGGCAAAACUUUGAUGCGAGAAAAUUCUGACAGUGUUGCAAAAAAUAUUUCGAAGGACAUGAUUGUUUAUGAAUCGGAAUUACCUUCGAAACAUCGUAUAAUCAGACCAGGAUACAUGUAUACUGCUGAUUAUGUUCAAGAUAGAUUGCAAGUUCGCGUUAAUGAGGAUAAUGUUAUUGAAAGUGUUCAAUAUGGGUAA